AUGGCCCCUCCAGAAACUCUGAGUUCGUCAGUGCUCGUGGCCACUGUCCUGUCCUUCAUCUUUAGCUUCCUACUAGUUCCUGCCUUACCACUUGAUAGAACACCCCCCAAUAAUGAUCUCCAAACCCUCCUUUGUCUCAGGUCCAAUCUUUCUGAUCCUGCCGGGCUUCUUGCCUCAUGGAAGAACGAUUCCCUCGAAUUUUGCACUUGGGCUGGUGUUAACUGCGGGAAGAGGCACAAAUCUCAUGUUGUCGCGCUGAACCUCGACUCGCUCGAGCUCAGUGGCCAAAUACCUGCCUGUAUUGCCAAUCUCACUUUCCUCGAAAGAAUCCACUUCCCAAAUAACCACCUUACUGGCCCAAUUCCUUAUGAGCUUGGCCAACUGAAAUGGUUGCAGUACCUUAACCUCAGUUCAAACAAUCUCAGGGGUGUGAUCCCAGAAACACUGUCUUCCUGUUCUCGUCUUCGGAUUGUCGAUCUUGGGGGAAAUUCUCUCCAAGGUGAGAUCUAUCCGAAAUAA